AUGUCUAUUAUUUACAUUUUUAGAUUAAAGAAUUUAAAAGAAAAUGACAUUUUUUUUUAUAAAACACGUAAAAAACGUGAAAUUAAACUUUAUUAUACUUUUGAAAAAUUUAGUACCAACAAAAAUACCAAUGAAAGAACAGCCAUUAGAGAACAUGAUAAUGAAGGACAAGAACAAGAAGUUAACGAAGUUCCAAUUAAAAAUAAAUCCAGUAAAAAAACUAAAACGUCAACUAACCAACAUGAAGUGGAAGAAUAUGAAGUAUUCUCCCAAGGAACUUCUAUGUCACUUGAAAUUAAAAUUUAUUAUCUUAUUAUCGUUAUGGGUAAAAUAGAUCGAUUAGAGAAAACUGUUUCCAGAAAUAUUGCCAGUUAUGGAAUUGUCCUUACAUCAUUACCAAUUCUGUCAAGUAGACCAACAACCCCUAUUUCAGAACCAAUACUAACAACCCUGAUUACAGAAUCAAGACCAACAAUCCCAAUCAUGGAAUUAAGACCAUUGACCCUAACUACAGAACAAGAAGUAAUAGUAAUUGAUGAGGAACAUAAUCCAUCAAAAAAACUCUCUGAAAUGAAGCAUCAUGAAAGUAAUGAUAAAUAUAGCAGCAAAUUAGGAAAAAAAAUAGAUAAAUUAGAAGAAAUAUUGAAAAAACAAUCAAAACAAAUUAGAGUUUUAUAUGAGCUACAAAAAUUGACAAAUAAUCAAACAAAAUGGAUUCAAGAUCAACUAAGACAGCAAACUAAAAAUAAUAAUGACGUUGAUUUGACUCCAAAGGUCUUCAUGGAAGGGUAUAUUCAAGUAUGCCGAAAAUUUUUUCCAAGUAAUUUGUGGUCCAGCUUUGAUGAUUUUAAAUCUGAAUUAGAAAAGUGGUUCAAUUUACAUCAUCCCAAUUAUUUAAAGGAAAUUCAACAUAAAAUGAAAGAUUUAAGGGCAGUUAGGAGUGCAAUUCUUAAAGAAUUGGGAUUACAGAUUUCAAGUAGCAAGAAAAAAAAUACUCCAGUUGACAUUUCAGAAUGGAAAAGAUCGCAAAAUGUUAAGGAAUGCCAUUAUAAAUUAUAUGACGAAGAUGAAAAUGUGAUAGAGAAUAUUGCGAAACAAGCAUUUCCAACCUUACCUCAUGACAAUGAAUUAUUAUUUAAUGAUAUUUAUGUUUAUACAGCAUCUGUGUGCGAUAUUGAUUUACUUUUAAAUAAUGAAUCUAUUGAACUUGAUGAUUCGAUAUCAAUAAUACGAGAAGAAAUCCCAGAAAUGAAAAAGAAAGUAGUAGUUGAGAAAGAUAAUGAAGAGGAGCCUCGUUCAGAGAAAGCUUUUGAACAAAAUUUCGAUGAAUUAUUUGAUCAUAGUGACUAA